AUGAUAGCGGGAAGCCCUGCAGAAGCCAGCCAACAUGGAAGGAUUGCUCAGCGAUCUGGACACCCCAACCCGUUGAUGGUUCUUGGGGCAAUCACAUCGAACGGCAAGACGUCCCUGAUUUUCUUGGAGAAAGGGGUCAAGGUGGAUAGCAAGACCUACCUAAAAGGCAUGUUGGAGAAGGAGUUACUCCCUCGGGCUGAAUCCCAUUUUGGCAACCGGACAUGGACUUAUCAACAGGGCUCAGCUCCAGCACACAGAUACAAUGUAGUACAGGGCUGGUGCGCAACGCACUUCCCAGACUUCAUCUCGUCGGACGAUUGGCCCCCAAACAAACCAGGCCUGAAUCCAUUGGACUAUUCUGUAUGGUCAGUUCUUUAG